CUGAGUGCAAUACAACCGCAGCUCGUUCAGAGCCAUUCUGUUCUGUCCUCGGUGAGGAAGAUGAGAGUCCGGACACCGAAGCGUGACUGAAACUUGCAAAUUUCCUUUGCGAAACUUAACGUAUCUCUUACAUUUGGACCUGCAAGGAAUUAUUAAAGCCGAGUGUUUCCGGAAACACCGAAAGGAACCAACCUGCUCACAAUGACCAACGAGGAGCCUCUUCCGAAAAAGGUUCGCCUGAGUGAGUCUGACAUGAAAACCUUGACCAGAGAAGAGCUAUGUACAAGGUGGAAGCAACACGAUGCAUAUGUCCAGGUCCUUGAAACAAAAUAUGCAGAGCUCUGUUCCAAUGAUGUGCCAGGACUGAAGGAGUCUGAGGAAAAGCUCAAGCAGCAGCAGCAGGAGUCUGCACGAAGGGAGAACAUCUUAGUGAUGCGACUUGCCACCAAGGAGCAGGAAAUGCAAGAGUGCACAACCCAGAUUCAGUACCUCAAGCAAGUCCAGCAGCCGAGUGUGGCCCAGCUGCGGUCGUCCAUGGUGGAUCCAGCCAUCAACUUGUUUUUCCUCAAAAUGAAGGCUGAACUGGAACAGACUAAAGACAAACUGGAGCAGGCCCAAAAUGAACUGAGUGCCUGGAAAUUUACACCUGAUAGCCAAACAGGGAAGAAACUGAUGGCCAAAUGUCGGAUGCUGAUUCAGGAAAACCAGGAGUUGGGUAGGCAGCUAUCCCAGGGACGCAUCGCGCAGCUAGAGGCUGAGCUGGCCCUGCAGAAGAAGUACAGCGAAGAACUCAAAAGCAGUCAAGACGAGCUAAAUGACUUUAUUAUCCAGCUAGACGAAGAGGUGGAAGGGAUGCAGAGUACCAUCCUUGUCCUACAGCAACAGUUGAAAGAAUCCCGUCAGCAGCUCACUCAGUCUCAGGGCGCUUCAGCUGGAGCAGGCCCCAGUAGGACUUCACCCUCUGCCUCCAGCUCAUCUGCCGAACCCUCCACUCAGCCAGAACAGGCCAAUGCUCCAACCGAACAAGGAGGAAAAGACUACGGAAGGGUCUCCAAUGGUCCAAGCAAUAGCAACUCAUCCCAAAGGAGUGAGACCACCACGCCUAGCCUGUACAGAGAGGUCAGCAGCGCCGAAGAAGACUUUCCAAUGUCCCCUGUGGUUUCCAGCCCCGGUGACACCGAGACCAAACUCCCCAACCACUCAGAGGAGGCGCCAGGAAGUCAGACUGCAUCCGGUAGAGUUGGAGGACCUGCCGGUUUCAGAAGCCAGCUGAGUGCGGGGUACGAGAGUGUGGACUCUCCCACAGGCAGCGAGACAUCAUUGACUCAACACUCGAAUGACACAGACUCCACCACCGAUCCCAACGAGGACAAGGCUGCCCUGGUGACCAAGGGCGCCAGGACUGCAGGGUCACGUCAUGCCCAGAACGGCCUGGACUCCAACACAAGUGAUGGCGCGGUUUUGUAAUGUACUUAAUGUGUUCUGUAUUUUUUUUUUAUACAGUAUAAAAAACAAGGCAGCAAAUACAUAGUCUGUAACACAGCACCGUUGUCCAAGAAGUUUUGUUUUCACCCUUGUCCCUUUGCCUGUUGUGAUGCCUUUGUCACAUUUGUGUUGCUUAAUGGGGAUAUAAACAGGAUUGAUGUUAGAUUUGAAUUGCGUGAAUGUAUGAUUUAAAACUAGUACCUUUCACUCUGUUUAUUUGAGCACGGCUAUGCUGUUUAAGCUAUUGACACUGAAAUCAGGCCGUCUGGUGUUGUAAUGUGUCAAGUCAGUAACAUCACUAAAAAUUUCAUUAGGUUCACAAUAUUCAAGGAGGUAAUUUUUAGAUGUUGGCCUGUGGGUUUUCUUCUUUUUUUGUUUUAGAAUAGUUUUUAUUUUCAUUGGCAAAAAAAUCAGUUUUGACAAUUCUGUUAAAAUGUUAGUAGUUCAUAUGCGAUGUCCAUAUUAUUCUUCAGCCCUUUUAAUGUACUGACCAAAUACAAAUAAAGAUUUUUAAUACUA